AUGUCUCAGGUCAGCGCACUUGAAUUUGCAAAGCCCAGUGGGAAUAAAAAUAUCACGCUUGAGCCACGACGCGGAGCCAAGUUCCUCUUUACAAAAGCUUCCAUUGAUAGCGAAAGACAAGAGCAGGUUACGAAAGGAGUACAAGAACUUAAUUCGCCGACUUCCUUCAAAGCAAUCAUCCGAAUCAUCCUCGAAAGUCUCUUCCGAAAAGUCAACCAUCGAUAUUAUCGAUUAGAUGAAUAUAUUUUCAAAGACAAUUCCCAGAGUUGGAAUAGUUCAUCCUUUUUAACGCUCAAAAAGGCUUCUCUUGAAUUGUCGGCGGAGAUAAAGUUCUUUCCUGUGUUGCUGUUUCAAUAUUUCGUUCUCAACAUCCUAUUGUCACCACUGGAGUACGAUCCUAUUUUAGGCUCACUCAGAUAUUCUAUCUACAUGUCAUUUGAUGAUGUCGCAGGCGACUAUAGCCAGUCGAUAUUCACUCAUGGUUCUACCACGCAAGAAGCAUGCCACUGUGACUUGCCAUUGAAACGCAAAUCCUACACAUAUCAUUCCCCAGAGGAAUUCUCAAUGGUACCUGAAUCUAGCAAGGCUCUAGCGUUCAGAGCUACUCUCGAGUUCCUAAACCGUCAGAAAGCUUUGUUCGAUAUCCUCUCUCAUAAAAUCGCUAUCUGA